AUGGCUUUCCAACCAAGAGAAAAAAAAGAACCUACCAAUAACAUAACGGAUGGAAAGAAUUCAGCUGAAGAAUACAACGGAAGACUCAGCACGUCAGGAAUAGCUAAUACCGUACAAACGGUAGGCGAUGCCGUUCAGCCUUUUAUUCCAUUAUUCAGUAUGGUCACAAAUAUCGUUCAACAAUUAUCAACAAUCUACGAAAAUGCCAAAUGCAACCAAAAAAUUUGUUUAGUAUUAGUUGAGCGUGUCGAGAUCGCGCAAUACGCAGUAAAAUCUUUACAGCGGCAGAAACAGGCUAAUGAAGAAAGAUUUCGAAAUCAAAAAUAUUAUUAUGCAUUUGUUAGAUUUGUUAAUGUUUUAGAGAAUAUUAAAAAAUUUGCUAAAGAAAUUACGCAGCUAUCAUGCUUUCAAAAAUUUAUAAAUGCCAAUGCAAUUAAAGAUGCAUUUGAUAAAAAUAUCAGAGAAUUUGAAGAUGUAUGUAGUGAUUUGCAUUUUACCAUAGCAAUGUAUGAUGUUGAACGAAGAGAACAAGAGGCUAAAAAUGUAGCUGAAGAUAUUGAUGUUUUGAACAAGUCUAUGAAUGAGGUGAAAUUUAAUAUCAAAGUGGUAAUGAAUGAAGUGGCUGCAUUAGCGUCAAGUAUGGAGAAUUUGAACUUACAAGCCAGCAAAUCAGCAGGUAGAGCUACUACAGCAAGAACACCUUUGAGUGAAGCAUACAAAGCACCCACGGUGGACCCAAGUCACUUAAAUGAACCAUUUGCAUCAGAUGAUAAUGUUCGUGGUAGCAGAAAAACAGUUGUUAAAAAAUUGUUUCGUGGACUUGAAGUUGCUUGUAAAAAAGUUCCAAAUAUCGAAAAUAAUGAUACAGCACAAUCUCAAAAAGGUCAAACAGAAUUGAUUAUUCUACUUAAAUUAGGAACCUUGUGUCCGAAUGUUGUUACUUUUUAUGGACUUUCAAAAGUGGAUAACAACGAUGUAAUGGUUUUUAACUGGGCAUCAUACGGCAACUUGAAAGAGAUGUACACAAAAUAUGAAAUAAAGUGGCCUUUGAAACUGAAAUUUGCUCGUGAUAUAUGUAACGGUCUCGUAUUCGUACAUCAAUGUAAUAUUUUGCAUCACGAUGUUCGUUGUGAAAAUAUUUUGAUUACGGAUAGUAAUGAGGCUAAACUUUCGAAUUUCGAACUGAGUCGUACUGUUCAAGGAUUAUCUGCAGAAGUUAAAAACUUGUUAGAUAUUGUUAGAUGGUUAGCACCAGAAAAAAUGCGUGUAACAAAAGAACAUGUCAUGAAUAAAAAACGUGAAACUCUUAAAAUUGCACUUUAUCCAUCAGAAAUUCCAAAUGAACUUGCGAAAAUCAUUAAAAAAGCUUGGCAAGAUGAACCGUCCGCACGUCCUUCAGAUUUAGAGGUACAAUUGAAAUUAAAAGAACUUUAUGAACGGUUUCAGGAAUCUUCUCCUCAGAUACGUCCUAAAGAUCCUCAUUAUUGA